AUGUUUUCAUCCUUUAUAGUUUAGCAUUUGGUGGAAGAGUCUUCUGUAUUUGGAUCUAUAUAUAGUCUGGUUCAUGAUCACCAUGUGUCUGGAUCAAAAGAGUGUGUAGGGUUUUGGAUUGGGUUAGGUUGUUUGGUUUUCUAUGAAGCAAGCAAUCAGAAGUUGAACUUUAAAGGUUUUUGCAAUGGCAUCUAAUUCUUCUGAUGGAGAUUCUAGUAAAUCACCGAAGCAGCCACCCCUGCCAUCUCCCUUGCGUUUCUCCAAAUUCUAUCAGUCUAACAUGAGAAUCUUGAUCACUGGAGGAGCUGGAUUUAUUGGUUCUCACCUAGUUGAUAGAUUGAUGGAAAUUGAAAAAAAUGAGGUCAUUGUUGUCGAUAACUACUUUACUGGAUCAAAGGAUAAUCUCAAAAAAUGGAUGGGUCAUCCCAGAUUUGAGCUUAUCCGUCAUGAUAUCACUGAACCUUUGAUAAUUGAGGUUGAUCAGAUCUACCAUCUUGCAUGCCCUGCAUCUCCUAUUUUCUACAAAUAUAAUCCGGUGAAGACAAUAAAGACAAAUGUGAUUGGCACACUGAACAUGCUUGGGCUUGCAAAGCGAGUUGGAGCAAGGAUUCUACUUACCUCAACAUCGGAGGUAUAUGGGGAUCCUCUUGAGCAUCCCCAAAAUGAAAGCUAUUGGGGAAAUGUGAACCCUAUUGGAGUUCGUAGUUGUUAUGAUGAGGGAAAGCGUGUAGCUGAGACUUUGAUGUUUGACUAUCAUAGGCAGCAUGGCUUAGAAAUACGUGUUGCAAGAAUCUUUAACACGUAUGGGCCGCGCAUGAAUAUUGACGAUGGGCGUGUUGUCAGCAACUUCAUUGCUCAAGCACUUCGUGGUGAACCCUUGACGGUCCAGUCUCCAGGGACACAAACUCGCAGUUUCUGCUAUGUCUCUGAUCUGGUCGAUGGCCUUAUCCGUCUCAUGGAAGGAUCCGACACGGGGCCAAUCAACCUCGGAAAUCCAGGUGAAUUUACAGUGCUUGAACUUGCUGAGACAGUUAAGGAGCUAGUUAAUCCAGAUGUAGAGAUAAAGAUGGUGGAAAAUACUCCUGAUGAUCCCCGGCAGAGAAAACCAGACAUAACAAAAGCAAAGGAGUUACUUAAGUGGGAACCAAAGUUCCAGCUGCGAGAUGGUCUACCUCUAAUGGAAGAAGAUUUCCGUUUGAGGCUUGGAGUUGUCAAAAAGUAAUUAACUUAUAUUUUCCUUUUAAAUCAAGCCAGAAAUGGAUAGAUAAUAAGUGGGAUGGAUGAGUCUAAAAUUUCACAAUUUUCCUUUCAUAAUUAUGACAAGGGUCAAAAACCGUACUCUUGCUUUUAUUUGACCAAAAACACUGCAGCAAUAGUGUCUGCAAAUUUUGCCGGUAGUAUUCUUUACUGUGAUAAACUUUCUAUUGAGAAAAAGAAAAUCCCCCUCUUUGUAGUUCUCUUGUUA